UUUCCGCCCUGGUGUUUGUAGUGGAGAAAUGUCGGCGCCCGUUGAGGAAGGCCGAGAGGCGCCGGCCGGUUCUGAACCCGAGCCCCAGGCUUCGGGCCCGAGCGUUCAGCGGCCGAGUACCCGGUCCAACCCCGAGGGCGCAGAGGACAGACAGGAUCCGCCCGGUCAGGGGGCGCAGUCGGGCAGUAGAGAAGGAGAUGGAGAGGCUGGAACUGAGAGCCCAGGAGUCGGGGGAAGGACCAGGGGUAGUCGGAGGAGGCAGCAGGAACAGGAGGCCCAGGCCCAAGCCCACAGUCUGCCCUCGUUCCAGACCCAGAACCAGUCUCAACCCCAGUCCCAAUCUCAAAGCCAGUUCCAGCCCCAGUCCAUAACUCAAACUCAAUCCCAGAGUAAAUUCCAGUCCCAGUCUUCAAAUCAGUCCCCCAAUCCACCCCAAACCGCAAACCAAACCCAAAGUCAGUCCCAACCUACACCCCCGUGUCCAACCCAGUCACUGCCCCAGUCUCAGUCUCAGUCCCAAUUCCAGUCCAAACCUCAGUCGCUGCCCCAGUCUCAAAGCCAACCUCAGCUUCAAAACCAGACCCUGCCUCAAGGUCAGUCUUCAGCCCUUCCCCAAUCCCAGAGUCAGCCCCAAUUCCAAUCUCAACUGCGGUUCCAAAGUCAACCCCAGCCUGAGAUUCAGAUCAGGACCCCAAAGGUUAACUGCCCAGAGAAAGUGAUCAUCUGCUUGGAUCUUUCAGAGGAGAUGUCACUGCAGAAACUAGAGUCGAUGAAUGGUUCCAAAACCAACGCGUUAAACAUUGCUCAGAAAAUGAUAGAAAUGUUUGUCAGGACAAAGCACAAGAUUGACAAGCGGCAUGAGUUUGCCCUCGUGGUGGUGAAUGAUGAAGUCACUUGGCUGUCUGGCUUUACCUCUGACCCCCGGGAAGUUUGCAGCUGUCUGUACGACCUAGAUACAAAUGUCUGUGAGUCUUUCGAUCUGGAUGGGCUCUUUAACCUUGUACAACAGAAAAUUGAAUUGCCAGUGACAGAAAGUGUGCAGACAAUCCCGCCUCCAUACAUCGUACGGAUGAUACUAGUCUACAUUCGAACACCCUGCAACCCGCAGUCAGUUUCAGUGGAGCACUUCAGCAAAAUUCUGCAAUCCCCUUAUUUUUUCUUCGAUGUGAUUUAUGUUUACAACAGAACUGAAGAAAUGGAAGAGGAGCCUGGUUCCAAGGAAGCUCAUUCAUUUUUCAAUAACUUGGACACAAAGGGAACCGGCUACAAAUACGACGUGUCACUCACUGGACAAGCUGUGGAGCUGCAUAACUGCAUGGCCAAGUUACUCGCACAUCCGCUGCAGAGGCCAGUCCAGGUCCAUGCGGUUUAUAGUCUUCUGGAGGAUGAAGAUUCAGUGGAAGUGGAAGCGACUGUCUGAUGGAAGGAUGUUUCUGGGAGAAGUAAAUUAAAAUUCUUUCUCAACUGUCUUAAUCUCUUCAUCUCUAUUUCUCCUUUCACACAGUGUCUGUCUUUCUCUCCUAUUGUUCUUACGCUCAUGCCUCACAGUAAAUGACUACCAUCUCAAUGAGGUUCUACACCUGCUGCCUCGUCCUGUAGCUCCAGUCCAGUUUAGCUCUGACUAUAAAAUGGAGAAUAUAGAUCCUGUUCAGCAUUUCGAAAUGAGCACAAUCUUGCAUGGUGGCACACUAUUAAGUUUUUAUGGUGGUUGGAAAAUGUAGGCUGAAUCUCCAACUCUUGCACCAUGUAGUAUUGAAGGUCAACUGCAUUGCUUUAAGACCAGACAUAUGGGAUCUCGCUUGCCUCUUCCAUUCGGCAAUGGCGAUUCCGUGUUGCUUUUGAAGAACAGGUUCUUCUAUCAUCCAAAGCACAAGAUCAAUUUACGUUCCUGCCUGAUUUGUUACUUGUUUGUUCCUUUGGUGUUACUGUGCCUAAUGGCUGCUGUAUGUCAGUCUUUGCACUUCAUGUUAAUUCAUGAGAAUUCAGAAGCAUUCAGUGCUUUCAAAUGCAUAACAUAUUAUGUAAAUACAACUCUUCAACCCCAGUCAGCAACACUGGCAAGAUAAUUCUUUAAUGAAAGCUUGUAUUGAAGCAAAACAUUUUUGCCGAUUUUUGUUUGCUUUAAAUGAAAUAAAACUACUUUGAGAAAUUUCUGUAUUUUUUAAUAUUGAAGAUUUCUAGAUCGUACAGCACAGAAGUAGGAUGCUUGGAUUACCUAGUCCCUGCUACUUCCAAAUGAAAUAGGUGUAGGUCACAUGGACCCUUAACUGAUUUAACCUGCCUGAUCUCUGUAUUCACUGUUUCACUCUGUUGCUGUUGUAUAUGUUUCCAGGGAGCUUCCCGCUGCCCCUGUUCAUCUCAGACCAGUUGGCAUGUCCUGUUUGAAAACUUCCCAUCCAUCUUGCUGAUGAUUUGUUUGCUCAAUCACAACCACUGUCAACGUUGAUCAUGGAUACAACACAGAAACAGAGGAUCAGUUUAACCUCCUCUGUUAAACUCUCAUUUUUUUUACUGCACGAGUCCUACUCUAAUUCAUUUAAUUUUCCUCAGCAAUGCCCCCAACCCGUUCUGCAUAUAUACCAUUCACAUACACACAAGGGGCUGUUUG